CGAUUUCCCUCCCCCGUAUAGAGCUGGUUUCACCUCGCGCAAAUCGCAAUUCCGAUUUCCUGCGUCUUGGAUUGCGCUGUUCUUCCAAUUCUUCCACAUUGUUCAGCUCAUAUCGGAAUUGGAAUUGGAGCCGGACUGAAUUUGGAAUAGGAGAUCUGAUUCGGUCUAUGGACUAUGAAGUAAUCGACAGCAGCGUGUUGUAAGUACAGGUACUGAUGAUGAUCUACCCCAAUCACAAUAUAAUAGAGCCCCCACAAGAAGCAUUGUUGGCAACGGAAGGUCAAAUGUAGGUUCAGCUAUAUACCAAAGGAUGCACAGUGAUAUGGAAGCCCAAAUCCACAAUCUUGAACAGGAAGCAUAUGGUGCAGUGCUACGAGCUUUCAAAGCACAGUCAGAUGCCCUAACAUGGGAGAAAGAAGGUUUAAUAACAGAACUCAGGAAAGAGCUGAGAGUAUCAGAUGAUGAGCACCGGGAUCUACUUACAAAAGUCAAUGCUGAUGACCUCAUACAGAGGAUUAGGGAGUGGAGAAAGGUUGGUGGUAACCAACCUGUUCAUGAUCAACUUGCCAGCCCUACUAUUUCAGGAUCCCGCAAAAGGCAGAGAACUUCUCAACCCCUGCAUCUACCUUUUGGUGCAUCAUCAGAGUCUUUGCACCAUCAAUCAAUUGCUCCAUCAACUCAGCCAUCUACUCCAGCUGCAAAAUGGGGACCAACAUCGGGUUCUGGAGGCAUAAAUCAUAAACCUCUUGCUGGUCAUGGUUCUUCUAGCACCAUAAGAUCCCGUGAUCCAUUGGUUGGGAGAAAAGUUAUGACUAGAUGGCCAGAAGACACCAAUUUCUAUGAGGCUGUCAUAAGCGACUACAACCCUGUUGAUGGACGUCAUGCUUUGGUUUAUGAUGUUAAUACUCCAAAUGAAACAUGGGAAUGGGUUGAUCUUAAAGAGAUUCCACCUGAUGAUAUCCGAUGGAUAGGUGAUGAUCCUGGUAUAUCUCGAGGAGGUGGAGGUGGAGGGGGAGGUGGUGGUGGAGGUAGUGGUCAAGUCUCUGCGUUUAGCAUUCAAAGAGGUGGAAGUUUCUCAAGGGACCAAUGUCGGAAGGAAGUUCGGGCGGUGCAGAAUGGGGUCAUGAAGAAGGCAGCUAGUGAUGAAAUUGAAAUACUGCACACAGAAACUUUGAUAAAAAAGGUAGAGAAAGUGAUUGAUGCUAGUCCUCCUAAUCUGAUUGAGAUUCAAAAGGCCAAGAAGAUGCUAAAGGAUCAUGAAAAAUCAUUAAUGGAUGUGAUUGCAAAGUUAGCAGAUGCAUGUGAUCGAGGAAACGAUGGACAACAGAUCCUGCACAGAAAUUCACAAUACAAUCACUUAAGGGUGGACAUAGAUCCCGAGACUCGAGGAUGUGGCAGCAGUCAAGAAAUGGCAAGGGUUCAAGGGAUAUCCGAUCAGCAGGACGAGGAGAUUGUUGUUAUCUAGGUGUCCUUCUCUCGGUCAGUAAUAUUUAAAAAUGCAUUUAGGAAUCAAUCAGUGUUUGGUAGGCCCCCCUGUUAGCUUUCAUUUGUAUAACAUACUGAUGGCAGUAUGCAUGCUAGCCAGCAGCUACCUUUGUGGAAAUAUGUAUUUCCAUUGUUAAAGACAAUGUACAUCUUCUUUGUAUAUCAAUUUCAUGUAUUGCAACCAACAUUCUCUUUCA